GCCUGCAGAGAUGAGGCACGUGCGCAACCCUUCUAUAAAGGGCAGUGGCUCAUCCACUCUGAUCUCUGCGCUCCCCUUUCAUAAGCCAGUUGCAUAUAAGCUAGUUAUUCUUCGUUGUGCUGCACCCACAGUCCGCCAAGUAACAGUCAGUACUUUUCGCUGUCUCGCUCCAAAGAUGGAUACAAAUGCAGAUGGCUAUCUAGUAGCCUCCUUUCUCAGACCGGGGAGUAUGCUUCGACAAAUAGCAGAAGUACGGGACAUCAGGGAUGAUUGGACGGGAGUGACAAGCACGGCAGAGAGGAAAAAGCGCCAGAACCGUCUCAAUCAGAGGGCACAUCGAAGAAGGCAGCACGCCCAGCAGAGACAUGCUCUUGUCACUCCAAGUGAGUCCGCGGCGCGCGGCCAUCAACUUCCACUAGACCAGCAGCAAGACAGCAGGGACAGCGAGAAUAAGCUUGCCGCCAAAGAUGAAAGCAACCUGGGUAAGGGCUAUCUCCUCCUAGCUUCACCCCAUCAACGUGCUUGGAUCCGCGCCUUUAUGCGGAAAACCUAUGAGCAUUACAGCCUGAACUCGCCACAACCGACACAAUUACCAAUGCUGAUCCGGUUAAAUGUCCUCAACGCCCUGUCACACAAUGCUACCCUACUCGGCAUUCCGGUCGAAGGGCUAUGUCGCGAUGAGUUUAUAUCGCCCUUCAGCGAACAAGGCCCGUGUUCCUCAGACGCAAUCCCGCCAUCACCAUCCUGUGCCGCAAAUCUUCUCCCCACAGUCUUACAGAAGACAGUCAAACAUCAUCCUUGGAUUGACCUCUUUCCCAUUCCGCGGAUGCGGGACAAUAUUCUCAGCGCGAUUGUUGCCGGUGUCUUUGAUGAAGAUGAGCUGUGUGGUGAUCUCCUUAGCGUAGAAGAUGACGGUCAAGGUGAGAAGCCGGCUCUUAUUGUCUGGGGGGAACCGUGGGAUCCCCGGAGCUGGGAGGCCAGUGAUGCCUUCUUGAUAAAGUGGGGUUGGCUAAUCGAGGGAUGUCCCGAGAUUCUCGAGGCAACCAACUUCUGGCGCCAGAGGAGGAGAGAGAAGAAGUUUAUCUUUAAAAUGUUCCGGUAAUAUACCAGUGGCGGAUCCGACGGGGGUUUGGGGGUUCUUCGGGGGCGAUUGUUUUUCAGAUUCGGUUUAGGUCUUACAGGAGAUAAACUUAUGUUUGUUCCUUCUUACUCCUGCUGCUUAUACCCUUAUAUCCUACUGUUUACAAGGCGUAGUAUGGGCAGAUUGGGAGUGUAAGCGUGCGAAGGGGAUAAGAAGGUUAGAUUCUGCCAAGUGCUGCUUACUACGGGCGCCAAUAUACAGCAGC